AGCUCACAAAUUCCAUUCGGGCCCCUGCCUUCUCCGCCUCCACCCGCCUCAUUCCGUCAUUCGGGUCUCCAGCAGUCCAGCUGUUUCCGCUCCCGCCUCCUCCUGUCCUCCUUCCGGGUUCCGGCGCAGCCUCUCUCGCCCCGUCCAGGACGCAAGCGUACCCUAGGCGGAGCCACCUUCCACUCUUCCAGAAAUCUCUCUCCGGAGGCCGGAGGGGAGGCCAGGAUGGCAGCACCAGCGACGUCGGGGCCGCCCGCGAGCGCCAACGGCUCCCUCGCGGGGGUGGCCGCGGCGGUGGGAGCGCCCACUAACCCCAUGGCGACGGCGAUGCUCACCGAUCAAUACCAGUUCUCUAUGGCCUACGCGUACUGGAAGGCCGGGAAGCACGCCGACCGAGCCGUAACUCUAAAAGCCCAUGAGCCACGUAAAGCAGGAACUACACACCCUCAGCUGCCAGGUAGGCUUGCAUGUUUUUGUUCAGCACCGACCGGAGGUAUUCUCGCCGUAUCUCAGCUGUGGCGAGCGCCAGACCUCACUCACCACUGCAUGGAUCCGCCACUGAUUUCAAACAUAUCUUCGUCUCGACAUCUACAGUUGAUGUUUGACCUGUACUUUAGGAAAAAUCCAUUUGGUGGGGAGUUCACUGUUUUUGCUGGCCUUGAGGAGUGCAUCAAAUUUAUGGCGAAUUUUAAGUUCACAGAACAUGACAUUUCUUUCCUGCAAUCAGUCAUGCCAACAUGUGCGGGUGCUUUCUUCGAUUAUCUCGGGGAAGUUGACUGCUCUGAUGUAGAGGUGUACUCUAUUCCUGAGGGAUCAGUAGUUUUUCCAAAAGUGCCCUUGAUGAGAGUUGAAGGUCCGGUUGCUGUAGUUCAACUUCUUGAGACCCCAUUUGUAAAUCUUAUCAAUUAUGCUUCUUUGGUAACUACUAAUGCUGCACGUCAUCGUCAUGUUGCUGGAAAGUCAAAAGUUCUGUUAGAAUUUGGUUUAAGACGAGCACAGGGACCUGAUGGAGCAAUAAGUGCCUCAAAAUAUUGUUUUAUGGGAGGUUUUGACGCAACUAGCAAUGUUUUGGCUGGAAAUUUGUUUGGCAUACCACUUCGUGGAACACAUUCUCAUGCUUUUGUUAGCUCAUAUAUGAGCCUUGAUGAGAUACCAAACAAGGCCCUCAGGAACAAAGAUGGCUCAAGAGUUUGCGAGGAUUUUGUUAGUUUAGUGCAAGAGUGGCUUCAAAAGUUUCAGGCAGCAGAUUCAUUAGGUGGUGUAUUUGGUGAUACAAAUAAAAGUGAGCUGGCUGCAUUUGCAUCCUACGCAUUGGCUUUUCCAAGCAACUUUCUUGCUCUUGUGGACACAUAUGACGUUAUACGAAGUGGUAUUCCGAAUUUCUGUGCAGUGGCUCUAGCACUUCAUGACUUAGGGUACAAGGCAUCUGGUAUUAGAUUAGAUUCUGGUGAUCUGGCCUAUUUGUCCAUUGAAGCACGAAAAGUGUUUCGUGCAGUAGAGAAGGAAUUCAAUCUACCUGGUUUUGCAAAGAUGGUCAUUACUGCUAGCAACGAUCUGAACGAGGAAACAAUUGAUGCCCUCAACAAACAGGGUCAUGAGGUUGAUGCCUUUGGAAUUGGAACUUACCUUGUGACGUGUUAUUCCCAGGCUGCUCUUGGUUGUGUCUUUAAGCUAGUUGAAAUAAAUAAUAGACCUCGUAUUAAGCUGUCUGAGGACGUGGCAAAAGUUUCCAUUCCAUGCAAAAAGCGAUGCUUUAGACUGUAUGGGAAAGAAGGCUACCCACUGGUAGAUAUCAUGAUUCGUGAAAGUGAACCAUCACCUAAGGCAGGAGAAAGAAUCCUCUGCCGCCAUCCAUUCAUUGAAUCAAAGAGAGCAUAUGUUGUCCCCCAGCAUGUUGAGGAGCUUCUACAGUACUAUUGGCCGGGGACAUCAGAUAAACCUAGAGCAGAGCUGCCCUCCUUGGAGAAGAUCAGAAGCCGCUGCAUGCAGCAGCUUGAAAAGCUGCGUCCGGAUCACAUCCGGCGGCUAAAUCCAACACCGUACAAGGUGAGCGUGAGUGCGAAGCUGUACGACUUCAUCCACUGCCUAUGGCUGAACGAGGCACCAGUUGGUGAACUGCAGUAGAUGAUGGCCACAUGAAAGAAGUUUUGGGUCAUCUUUGACACAGCAGCAAACCAUACAAGAGGAUCAGAGCUUUUCUGCGCAAUAUCAGCAGUUGAGCCCAUGGCCCAUGGCAGGAUUUUGCUCUUCAGAUUUCCAUCUCUAAUCCCCGGUAUAGAGGCAGGUUAAUCAAGUCGUCUAGUUUAUACAUCCUUUGAUUGGUGGGAUACUAUACACAUCAUCAUCAUGAAAAGAACAGAAAUCAUUUGGAGUCAAUGGGAAGAUUAAUAGCCAAAAAUGUCACUAUAUAUCCUGCGUGUUUGUCACAUUUGCAGGUGUUAGAUCCAACAGACCAGCAGGCUUGAAUUGCUCCUGUCACCGUUCCCUGUUCUCGGCUGUUGUAUUACGCAAGGACUGCCGUGGGGACGUGGGGUGGGACGAGUCCAAACGUUGGAGUCACUAGAGUAAAUUGGUGAUGCGUUCUCAACUGCCGUGCCGCCGUGCAUUAGCAAAGCAGCACUUUUGGCUGGUUAUUUUUCUAAACUACCAUUGCGUUAUGACAGCACAUCUAACAGAUCGGUUAGUUGCUUU